AUGACUCAACCAACUCAGCCAAUUCGAAUCAUUGUACAACCCAAGGCACUCUAUCGUGAACGAUAUGGCAGCGAACAAAAUAAAACUGGAAAGCAAGUUCAACGUUAUAUUCGUGCUGAAGAAAACCAACUCAAACUCGAAUAUCCAACUAUCGAGCAAGCAUCCUGCCGACAACGAACAUGUGCAGGUGCAGUAAAUUAUGUACGUCAUCCGAUUUGGUCUGUUCAACGACGAGCAACAAACGACUUCGUUCGAAUUUGA